AUGUCAACAUGGAUAAACAAAAAGCUCAUAUCUAUAUCAGAGAAGGUCAUCGAAAAUGUAAUAGAUUCUAUCGCGAAUAAGAACACGCCCAUUGAUAACUUACAGAAUAUGCAAGGGACGCAAUUAGGAAAAAUAAUAAGCAAGGUAAUUUCCUCCAAGUACUUUUUCAAAAAUGACGACAUCUGCUACAACUCGAGGAAUCUGGACUUCAACUGGAACAUGAAGAGCAUAACGAAGAGGAGAAAAAAGAGAAUAAGAAAGGAUAAAGGAAAACGGAUCAAGCAAAGGACAUCAGAAGGAAGAAGAAGCAACGGUCGGAGGGCUCAUGGACACAGUGCAGGGGAAGAGAAAGAAACUGAUUCGAAACAUGACUCAUAUAGCAAUAUUUACAUAAAUUCGAAGAGCCCCAAUUAUUUAAACAUUGAUGAGUCGUACAUUCGUACUUGCUCCCCCGUGAAUGGCAACAAGGAAGGUGAAGGGGAAGACCAUGAGAAGGAGACCUGGUUGAAAAAGGAAACAAUAACAUGCAACUCCAGUGUGCAAAGCAUCCUUAGCGAAGCUCCAGAGGGUGUCACGUCAGUAAAUUCAAAUCCCGCAUCGAGUUAUGGUUCCUGUGCGGAGUACACAACGGAGGGUUCCAGAGGAUCCUCAAAGAGGACCUCACACGAUACGUCAGGUAACAACUCCGGGGGGACAUCUUCUCGUAGUUCCCACGAAAGGGUAAAAAAAGAUAACUCAGAGGAGGCAUCUCUAAACCUGUCUACCAGUGCAUCUGUAUCGAGUGAAGCGAAUGAGUCGUCUUCACGAAAAUCGUCUAAAAGGAGAACGUCAUCUUCAGAGGUGGCCCAAAGGGAAAGCUCCUUCAACUCGAAUCAGUACGCAGAAGCAAGGGAAAACUACAUGCUGCAGAAACAGGCACAUUUGUGCAAAGUAAACCUUUUCAUUAAAGAGGCCAAGUUAUUAUUUUUUAACAAAAAUGUGAGCAUCAGUGAUAUAUCUAUAUUUGUGACAACCAUUAUGGAGGACAAAAAAUACGUUGGCAAAAUGAGAAAGCUAAGUUCAAGAAAUCUGCCAAUGAAUAAUUUACUAAUCAACGAAUGUAUUAAACAUAACGUGAAGGACAUAUACACCGAUAUUGUGAUAAAUAUAAAGUACGUAAACAAAAAAAAAAACAAUGAAGAAAUAAUCCUGGGGAGAGUAAUAAUUCCCUUCUUUCUUCUUCUAAAUACAUAUAGAUAUAAAAUUAAAAGGGUAAAGAAUAGAAUAAAAUAUUGUACCAAGUGCUUCCUAUGGCUACACAUCUUCCCAUGUAACAACAAAUUAUUUAACUAUAAAUUUUUUAAACCAGUGGAAGGGUUCGAAGAAUAUGGAAUGCUCAACCCUCUGUACACCUUAGGCUUUUUAAAUAUAAAAAUGAAAAUAAUUUUUAAAAAAAAUCCCCUUCUUUUAACUCUCUAUAGUAACAUGAGGAAACCUUUAUUUUACUAUAAAUUACCUGUACAAUUUGAGCCUCUUUAUUGCCAGUACUAUAGUGAAAAUUUCUUCGUCUAUGUUACUCAGUUGCCCAUAUGGCUAUAUAAAUUUUUUUACCUCUUCAACCCCAGGAGGGUUGAAAUGAUUCCUUUAAAUUAUUAUGAUUACGUGUUUAUUUUUUCCUUUUGGUUAUUUUUUUUCCGAUUAAUUGUUAUUUCUCCUUUUUUCCUCAUCUUUGUUCAUAUUUUUUUUUGUCUGAUUUUUAUUUCUCUUUCGUACAAGUUCGGCCACGUCGACACUUUCUCCAGCAGCAUGGCGUACAACUUUCGCCCCGUCCAUGUGAAGAAGAGGCUGUCCCACGGGAAUUCUUGUCACGCGAAGAGCCCCCAGGUUCACCAAAUGCUCCCCCCCGAGAAUAGACGCAAUGUGCGUUUUUUUGACAGCAAGCGUAGGGAGGUUCUUCUUUCAGCGCAUGAUAUAGACUCGAAUUAUUGCGGCGGGGAGGGAAGUAUCAGUGCACAGGGGGGGAAGCAGUUCCUCCAAAGUAACCCACUUGCGGAGGCAACCCAGGGUGGAGUAAACAGUUCCGAUGUUCCCCAACUGGUAGUGACAAAUGAUAAAUUGAAAAAGAACCCAAGUGGGAACACACACGGUGGGGAACACACCAAAAGUGGUACCUCCCAGAAGAAUGACGAAUUUAAUGCAGAACCAGUUAGUGCAAUGAACAGCCAAAACGAAUGCAGCAGUAAUGGAAGCUUCUAUGGAGAGAGUUUUAACAGCCCCGAAAGUCCACCCAAGGACGGAGGUAACCAUGUGGCCCAUUUCCAAAUUGAAGAAAAUUGUUUUGUAAAUCAACCCAACUUGGAUCACCAGGACGAAGAGUCGAAUGGACAAAUGAAGGAUGGAAAAAAUGAACUACCAGAAGAACAGAAGAAAAAAAGCCUAAUCGAAUUUAUGCAAAAUACACCUGAUGAGAUAAACAAUAAAUUUACCAAUGUGACAAAAUUUGCAAAGAAAAUUCAGAACAUGAUGUUCGAAAGUAGAGAUAAGAAUCCGCUGGAUUUUUUCAACGUGGGUUCACAUGCAAAUGGGCUAGCUGGGCUGUUUAACGGGAUGAACGAGAAGCGCAAGAAAGCAGAGGGGGGAGAGACUACUCCCAGGAGGGAAGACCAAACUGAGAAAGUGGAAGAUUUGCACCAUUGGGGGGAUACUCCAAUAAAGGGAAAACAACGGAGGAACCACCAACCGGGAGAGGGAAACCAAUCAGGAGGGAGUAACAAACCGAGUGAUAGCGAACAUAAGCAGGUGAGUACAUCGAAGCAGGGGAAGGAAAAUGUCUGUAGAGCGUAUCGCAAAAAACAAAACGGAAUGGAGCAUAAUAUGCAGGGAGAGGUGCACACAGACGACUCAGCGGUAGAUUCUUCAUCGUGCCAAAAUGGGACAGAUGAAUAUUUAGCGCAUUGCAAAACGGAAGUAAAUAUUGACGGAGUUUCUAACUCGAACGCAUUGGAAACCACCAAAGUGAUAAAACGUAGUUGCAUGACCAGGAGCAGCGAUGCCAUCCCCUCGUUUGAUCAUAUGGGGGUGGUGGAGGAGAGCCCCUGUUCCAACUCAAACACGUCGAUAGAAUCCAAAUUUUUAAAAAAAAAUUUCCUCUUCGAUGCGAUAAAGAAUAAUCUAGCAUCCCCAAAUGAGGAGAAGGCCGCCGAGUUUAUUACGAAAAAUGGUACCAGUGCAACAAAUGAGAAGAAAGACAUGUUUGCAUUUAAAAAAAAAUAUGCUUUUAUGCCAAUCGUGAAGUCUCCCUUCCAUAACUUUUAUUUGUUUUUUAAUUCAAUUGAAGGAAAGAAGACAUCGAUCUUUUCAAACAACGUGGAUGUACCAAAUGUUCAUUUGCUUCUCAAACGGUUCAUAAUGCUUAUAACCUUAACGCAGAAUUUUACAGGAGCCUUUACCAUGGUUUACGAAAAAAUUAACUAUGCCUUCAAUUGGGAUUUCACAUGUUACACGUUCGUAAAUUUGGUCAUUUUGUUUUUUUUAAGUUACGGCUUUUCUUUCAUUUUGUAUGCCAUGUCGUUUGUCCCCCUUUUGUUUUAUCGCUUUGUUCUGUUUUUGCUUAUUUCUGUGUUGCUGAUAAGGAGUUAUGAGUUGACGGAGGUAGGCCACAGGGCUAGCCUCUACUAUGAGAGGGUGCACAGGAAGAAAGCCCCCUGGUGGAGGUCUGCUUGGAGAUUUAUCACCAGGAUGGGAACUCGAGUGGUUAAGGCGAAGAGGAAGAGGGAGGCACAGGAAGAAAACGAGCACGAUCAAACCGUCACCCCCCAUUUUGUAAGACGUCUUUUCAGAUCGGUCUACCGAGCAGUCCGCCGAUGGGCACGUCGAUUGGUAAGGAACACCAUUUACAGGUUCUUCCAGGUCACCUCCAAACAGGUAGAGAAGCUCUCACGCAGAGCGGUUGUCUAUAUUUACUUUGUAAUUUUUUUUUUAAAAAACUGGGUGACAAGAUUACUGAUACUGAAGGAUAUUGAGCACAUGAAGAUAGCCAAGAUGCAGGGAUUUAAAAAUUUAUUUUUUUUUAUUCACAAUCGGAUGAUGCGCAGAGAUGCGGGAAUGAAAUUAUUCCUGAGGAGCAAUGAAACUUGUCCCAGCAGUGGCCAUAACAGGGGUGGUGACCCCGUCGGGGGAACUCCUAAACGGGUGGACAGCAUGAAAGAUCCCUCCAAUGAGGAAAAACAUAAUAAAAAUUUCAUUCACACGCAUAUGUAUGAUAACUAUAAAAAUGGGGAGUCUUGUAUAUACUCUUCCAGUGAUAAGGAUGCUUUGAGUGUGAAAAAUGGGGGCUACGAUGCUGACCGCUUUACCCAUGAUGGGGAUGACGACGAUCGGGAAUCUCUCAGCCAGCUCACCGACAACGGCACGAUGAACGUAAAUGUGGACAUAUUUCUGCACUACUAUUUUAAGCGAAAGAAAUACGACCACUUUAACAAUAUCAUAAAUAUCAACAGGAACAAUCUAUACUCCUACAAGGACAUAAAUCUGCUUCACUCAAACGACGACCAAAAUAUCAGCCACCUCAAUUACGCAGAAUACCUCAACAGUGAGAAUAACUACUCCAGUUCGUAUGACAAUAACAAGAAGAAGAGGAGUUGA